UACGUAAAAGGGUAUCUCAAAGACAAAGUAAACCGCUUUUUAUUAAAAUAUAAACAUAUUGUGUAAGAAAAGUAGUCCGGAGGUGGGAGGGUUGAUAUGGAGGGGAUGUUUGAUGUUUUUGAACUUACGCGUUUCUUAAAAUCCAGCUUCUUAAUAAAAGAAUGUUAUGAACUGUCAAUAGAUUGGUUAUACACUCAAAAUUUUCAAUGUAAAUUAAUCGCGUCUAAGUAUUUUUAUAUAACAGUAAAGAGUGAUUAAAAUCUUCUUGAAAUGUGUUAAAUAGUUUACUUAGAUUAAUAUUAAAAGUAAAACGUUUCGUUGUGUGGUUUUGUGUUGCACUUGAUGGACUAAUUUUUGAAGUUUAAAAAUAAGUUAAGAAAAGUUUCUAGUUUUGUGUUUGGUUAAUCAUUUCGGAAAUCCAAAACGACAUACGUAAGUUCAAUCAUUUGUUUUUCACCCUUACGUUUAUACAUAAGACAUCCAGUCAUAGUUUAGUCUCCUAAGUCUUUGAAACUUGCUGGUGAAAAAAGUCGGUAAAAGCUGACAAAAUGUUGGUUUAAUGACUAAUACUGACCAAAAUUCUUUCCCGACUUUUCUUACCAAGCAACACCAUUUUAACCGAUUUUUAUACAAACGUCGAAUCAAUCAGUCUUUAUUUUAAAGAUAACUGUGAAAGGAGAAAUUGGUAAGUUCCUGUUAUAUAUUUUUGUACUUUCAAAUAUCCUUCUUACAAAGUAAACUGAACAACUUUCUUACAAAGUAAACUGAACAACCUUCUUACAAAUUAAACUGAACAACUUUCAUACAAAGUAAACUGAACAACUUUCUUACAAAUUAAACUGAACAACUUUCUUACAAAGUACACUGAACAACUUUCUUACAAAGUAAACUGAACAACUUUCUUACACAGUAAACUGAACAACUUUUUUACAAAGUACACUGAACAACUUUCUUACACAGUAAACUGAACAACUUUCUUACAAAGUAAACUGAACAACUUUCUUACAAAUUAAACUGAUCAACUUUCUUACAAAGUAAACUGAACAACUUUCUUACAAAGUAAACUGAUCAACUUUCUUACAAAGUAAACUGAACAACUUUCUUACAAAGUAAACUGAUCAACUUUCUUACAAAGUAAACUGAACAACUUUCUUACAAAGUAAACUGAACAACUUUCUUACACAGUAAACUGAACAACCUUCUUACAAAGUAAACUGAACAACUUUCUUACAAAGUAAGUUAAACAACCUUCUUACAAAGUAAACUGAACAACUUUCUUACAAAUCAAACUGAACAACUUUCUUACAAAGUAAACUGAACAACUUUCUUACAAAUUAAACUGAACAACUUUCUUACAAAGUAAACUGAACAACUUUCUUACAAAUUAAAAUGAACAACUUUCUUACAAAGUAAACUGAACAACUUUCUUACAAAGUAAACUGAACAACUUUCUUACAAAGUAAACUGAACAACGUUCUUACAAAUUAAACUGAAUAACUUUCUUACAAAUUAAACUGAACAACUUUCUUACAAAUUAAACUGAACAACUUUCUUACAAAGUAAACUGAACAACUUUCUUACACAGUAAACUGAACAACCUUCUUACAAAGUAAACUGAACAACUUUCUUACAAAGUAAGUUAAACAACCUUCUUACAAAGUAAACUGAACAACUUUCUUACAAAUCAAACUGAACAACUUUCUUACAAAGUAAACUGAACAACUUUCUUACAAAUUAAACUGAACAACUUUCUUCUUACAAAGUAAACUGAACAACUUUCUUACAAAUUAAACUGAACAACUUUCUUACAAAGUAAACUGAACAACUUUCUUACAAAUUAAACUGAACAACUUUCUUCUUACAAAGUAAACUGAACAACUUUCUUACAAAGUAAACUGAACAACUUUCUUACAAAGUAAACUGAACAACGUUCUUACAAAUUAAACUGAAUAACUUUCUUCCAAAUUAAACUGAACAACUUUCUUACAAAUUAAACUGAACAACUUUCUUACAAAGUGAACUGAACAAAGUUCUUACUUCUUUUGCUUUUAUUGAUACUUGCUAGUGAAUAUCCUUAAUAUUGAAGGAACUACUAAUCAUUUUUCUCAAUCUUAAUGAAAUGUGGCUGUAAUCAGUCUUUUUAAAUUUUUCACAUAUGCGUUAAUUAGCCCUGCGAUGCACAAAUCAUAAGGCAUUUCUUACUGCACGAAUUUAGUGUGCAACGGUAAUGAUUAACCGCUUCUUUGCUUUGAUAAUCUAAAAUUCAUAAUGGCGUUUUAUCGGUUAUUGUCAACGCAUACGCAACAAGUCAGUGUGUGCGACUCUGUUAAUAAUUAACCAACAAUGAUGCUCAAGAAAAUAUAAACGCCGUUUUGCAUAUCAGUAAUGACGCUUUUAUUCGGUAAGACUGUUUUUCUAUUCGAAAUGACUUCACAUUCCUGUCUUUUUCUAUCUGAAAUUGUGUGGUAUUGAUAAAGGAGAGUGUAAAAGAAGAGAUAUUUCGCAGAAUUUUUAUCUUUUUAAGCCAGUUUUCUGCUUAAAAAUUGUUUUUAUUUCAAAAUGUACAUGUUUCCAAACAUUAUUGGUUGCAGUCUAUUUAAUUUCGAGAAUUCAGAAAACCUAUUUCCACUUUGAUUUCCUCGCCUACCAAACACAGCUUUUAAGUAAGACUACAUGCUUCUAAAAAUUAUUGACAUAUUUGCUCUAUCUAUAAAUAACUUAGUCGCCAGGCGCUUUUACGUGUCCUGCCAAGAAUGCAAAACGUGCCGUGUUUUUUUAAAUUUUAAAAAAGGCCAACAAUCUUAAAUAUUCAGAUAAGGCGCCAACUCCUGAACAAUGGUCACCUUUACUAAGUAGAUUUUUCUUCUUACGUAGCACUCACCAAUUACGUGUAUUUGCUCACUCUUUCACACAAUGCCUUAGUUACCUAUUAAACAUUCAAAGCUUUUAUGUUUAUGUAAAAUUGUUGUCACAUUUUCAACCCAAGCAGACGUGAAAAUUUCUGUAGGUAAAGAAUAUAUCGUAUUUUAUUGUUUAAAAUUUUGUGUAUUUACAAUCUUACUUUAUAAUUUUAAUACAAUAGGCGAUCGUGUAGAGGCAACCCUUUCUUCUACAGAAGUUGUGGAAGCAGAACAAAGAAUAAACUCGUUUACUAGACAGUCAUAGUUAAAUAAGCAGAAGAUGACUCUACAAAUUGAUACUGAAUGUGAAACUACAUACAGUGGAAAAUCAUAUCUCAACAAUGGACAAAUCAUUUCCUUAAUCACACUGAAUGUUACUGUCAUGAUUUUAAAUCUUAUUUUCAACAGUGCUGUCAUCUAUGGUCUGAUUGCCACAAAGCAACUUAAGAACUACUCUUUAAAACUCAUUUUAUAUUUGAGUAUAAAUGAUUGUUGCCUGGCAUUAAUAACACAAACUCUCUUCACAGUAAUGCUUGCAAAGUUUGAAGAUAAAUCACAUUGUGAUUUUGAAACCAUUGUUCAAUUUUUUGCCAUCUUCUUUACACAUAUAUCUGCUUACAUUAUUGCAUUGAUUGGCUUUGAUCGAUAUAUCCACAUGCGCUACCUUAAUCGAUAUGCUCAAGUGAUGACAAAAACAAGAGUAAUGAUAAUGCAGGCAGCAGUUGUGUUGCUGUCACUAACGCAAGCAAUGGUCUAUGUACUUGGGACGCAGUUAAAUUUUCUUUCGAAGGCAAAACGAAUUACUGUUGGUAUUGAUGCAGUCAUUGCAAUCAGUGUCUUUACGCUUUAUAUUAUGACAGUGAGGGUUGUAAGGAAGCACUCCAAACGCACUGAGUGCAGAGACAUGUUAGAAACUGUUGAUACUACUGUCACACGUACAGCGUCAAGAAUACUGACAGCUAUUGUCAUAUGCUAUAUACCUUACAUCAUCGUCUCAUUCGCACAUGCAGCUGUUAGUAAAAAAUGGGAUGGGAUAAAAAAACAAUGGCUCGAAUAUGCAUUGCUACUUGGUUUUGUAUUAACGUAUUGUAAUUCGUUUGUUAACGCGAUUAUUUUCCUUAGCUUGAACAAAAAGGUUAGGAAAUGUGUUACAAACAUAACAAUCGAGAGAUGGCGUGAAUACACAUCAUCAGACCACGAGAAUACAGAUACUGAUACCACGAGAAUGUGAAGGCAGGCUUAUUCAGAGCAGACGGAAAAAGACGUUUAUUAGCGUUCUCUGACUAUCAUGUAUUCAACCACGCAAGUACCUCGUUACUUAAUUACAUUACAUUGUCAAAAUUGACGUCGAUUUCUUCAUUUUAAAUGCAAGGAAGGAAGAAAGAGCGUUUGGUAGAUUGGAUGAUGUUAGAUCGUUUCGAAGAAGAGCUCCAUUUUGAUACUGACACCAACCAAAAGUUAUAGAAACAAGGCCCUCGACGAAGAUUAAAACUGAACGGGCCAUAUUUUGUGGAUGUAGGAGAGCCAAAUUUUCGUUUUAAAGAAUUUGGAGUACUUUUCUUUUUAAUAAAUACUUAAAAAAAUAUAGUGAAAGAAUAAGAAAGAAGUUUUUUUCGGAACACGGAAUGCAAGGCAAAAUUUUCAAAAUAUUAAGAGGACCAGAAUGUAAACAUGGCGCCAGUAAGGUACUUUCACAACUUUGUUUCGUACAAUGUUUCUGCUCGUUAAUUUUAAAAAGAAAGUGUUAACGUAAAAGUGAAAAUGUCGAUAAUUUUACCAAAUUCACUAAAGAAGAAACAAUGUUAGAAGACAGUGCAAAACGAAAGUCGUGUAAAACUUCAACAGCUACUUCUGAACUUGGUGAUAAAGACUGGAUUAAUAUAGCUAUCUUAAUAUAAAUAAAACAGUACAAGGAUUUAUUCUUUUACUUCUCCGCAAUAUUUGUCAUAAUGCAAGAAAUUUUCCAGGACAAAAUUCUUUCUCUUGUUAGUUAGCCUACUUAACUAAGCUUUCUAUGAGAUUAUUGAAAUGUGUUCAACACCCGAUUCUUCCAACUUCCCGUUAAAAAGAAUAAUCACACUGAGUCUCAUAGCUUUUUAAUUAAUUUACCUCGAUGUCUUCCUUAAUUUAUUUUAAAUUUAAAAAGAUUAUUAAAGUCAUUGACAACGUAAUCCAAACCAGAUAUCAUAAUUAUGGGCAAAAGACUCAAGCAGAAAAUUAUUUUUUCUCUGGAACAAAACGUAUGUAUUUUUCUUCUCCCCUUAAGUCAAAUUUCUGAAGAAAAAAAAGUAAUUAUCUGAAAAGGCUUCAGAUUUAGUGAAUUAAAAAAUUCGAAAACUUUUUCGAGAUAAACUUAAUAAAUUUAAUAAAAAAAUUCCCGAAAUUCGCGAAUGUUUUUCUUGGGAAAUUUCUCCGGUUAAAGGAGAGGCGAACAAGAAACUAUUUUGUGGCAGCCAGAAUAUAAAUUUUAAGCGAGAGAAAAACAUUUAUAGAUUUCUAAAUCCUAAAAUUUGCUAAGAUAACUACUAUAAUAUACCAAAUAGAAAACUAUAUUUCACGACUAACUACCCAUAUAUCUUUCUAACAACCUUUUUACAGAAAUUCCAUGGCAGUAUGGGGUGAAAAUAAAUAGGUUUUAAAUGCACUUUUUAGUUAACAUGAAAAAUAACAUCUUUUACUUGAGAUAACCAUGAAUAUUUUACGUACUAUAAUAGUAACAGCAUUUCAUAACCUUCGUUUAAACUUCUUUGGACUGAAGAAAUAACUGCCAUAACCAACAACAAUAUUUUUUCAUGUUUUGAGUCCCUUUUCCACAACAUACUACCAACUUCGAACGAUAAAGUUUGUUAUCAUGAGAUGGCGCCAAAUUUGAAUAAAUAUACAGACCGGAAACCUUCAGUUCAGUUUGUGUAUAUUGACUUUGUGACCAUCACAAUAAAGAGAAAUAUAUUCCAUUGUUUUUUUAAAUUUAGCCACCCGUUUGACAAAUGCGUAAAAAUACUCAAUUAUAAAUAAUUCAGCACUCACAAAAUGUAAACAACAUGAUGUAUGGUUUAUAAUUAUAGUUUAUGGAGCAGGCGAGCAAGCCAAUCAGUCUGGUCUUUAAAAUCAACACUUAUCAUAAACUCUUAUUCAGCAGCCGUGCCGCAGCGCAGUUCGCCUAUCCUUUAAAGUAUAUUUUUUCCACCCAUACGAAGUGAUAUGUUGCACGAAGUUCAGUCUGUAUAGCCACAAACGCAUACUCGGUGUAUUUCCAUUAAAGAAAUCAAUUUCAAUCCCUAUAAUUUCCAAAUACUGGCGUGUAAUAAACGGACCACUCAAGGUCGAGAUGCAAGAAAUUAUACACACCUAAGAACCU